GUUCACUUUUCGAGACGACCGUUUCCUCAGUGACAUAACUGCUGGUUGGUGCAAGAUCCAUUGGAUUCAUAGGCCACAGCACUGGGCAGUCGUGCCACAGCUGGUCAACCCACGGCCGUGUGCCGCACUGCCUUGGAAAGACUGCGAGACGGCCUGCAAGGCCACGGGAGUCGAGGGCGAGUCCUGCUUCGCCCCCUGCAAGUGGCACUCGGCAGAUGAGGUUUGCUAUGCGGGAGGCAGGGAGAUCAUUCAUGUGACGAGUUCUCGUAUUCCUCUCAGCCACAGCAGCAGCUGCAGCAGCUACACCAGCUGCAGGAGCAGCAGGAGCAGCAACCACGACGACGACUAUGCCAACGGCGAUUGCGACGACGACGACGACGACGACGACUACUACUACUACGACUAG